GAACAUACAGAAAGAGUUAAAACAAAUAUUUCAUGAAAAAAAUGAAAGGUGAGUUCCUUACAAUAUUGGCUCUUAUUUCUUUCCUCUUGGCCUUCUCAUUUGUUCAUGGAGGAGAAGAGCCUGGAACGCCUACUAAUGCAGCGGCUAGUCCAAGUAGUCCAACAGCAAAAUCAAGUGGUGCAACCGGUUCGGCUCAUGGACCUAAUUGGGGAUAUGAUUGGGGAUGGGGAUCAACCCCGGGAGGUGGUUAUGGCUAUGGUUCUGGUUCCGGUUCAUCGCCAGAUGGAGGAGGAAAAGGGGCUGGAUUCGGGUUUGGUUCCGGUUCUGGUUCAGGAACUGGGUUUGGGUCUGGCUCGGGAGGAGGAGGAGCCACAGGUGGUGGUUCUGGCCACGGAAGUGGGACCGGAAGUGAAGGUGGCGGCUCAGGCGGUGGGGAUGGUGGAGCAUCUCCAGGACGUAGAGAGAGGAGCCAACACCGCUAAAUGAAGCUUUUUCUUGUUGUUGGUACCUUAACACAAGCAUACAUACAUAAUAAAGACUAAAAGAAAAGAGAGAACAUUACUACCACCUAUAUAACAUUAGCUUAAUGCAUAAUAAAUAAGGAUCAAAAUAAUAAUUAGUUGGGAAAUUUACCACUGUGCUUUGUAUUAUAUACUUUAUAAACGUAUUCUAUUUUUGUUCAUGCGCCA